GUAGCAUGCGGUAUGAGCUAAUGCAAUUAUGGUUUCUCGGGCCUGGACGCCUUUGAGAUACAAAAUCAUGGGACGACCCGUCGGGUCCGACGACAGAGGAAGCACCUGUUGCUGCUGAUCGUUGGCGCCGCACCUCGUACUUCUGAGAAUAGCAGGUCGUUGAUCUUCAACCUCCUCAGUUCCGCCUGGUCUUCACCUUGGUGGUCUCUUUGUCGUCAUGAUGGUCCAGACCCCUCUCAUCCAGGCCGCCCUCCUCGUGGGCCUGGCACAGGCGCAGGAGUGCCCAGACUACCUGGACUACUCUACCCAGCGCCACGAGCCCUUCUCUAACGGCACGUACCAGCUGUCGUAUAUGCGCCCGUCCCCGUCCUGCCGGACCUUCAACUCCUCCGAUGUCGAGGAUGUGAUCACGUCCAUGGCCGGCGUGAUCGCCGACCCGGACCUAUACAGGCUAUUCCAGAACAGCUACCCCAACACGCUCGACACGGCCAUCAGGUGGAAGGGGUACGCGGCCAACAACAGCGAGGAGGAGCUCACCUUCCUCAUCACCGGUGACAUCAAUGCCAUGUGGCUGCGUGACUCUGCGAACCAGAUGCAGAGCUACCUCCCCGUGCUCAAGGCCGAUCAGAGCGCAGACAGCAUCGCCAGUCUGUAUAGGGGCGUCAUCAACCUGCACGCGAGAUAUCUCCUGACCAGCCCAUACUGCAACUCCUUCCAGCCCCCAGUCGAGUCGGGGGUUGAGGGCUCGGUCAACGGCGCCGCCUCGGAAGACACCGUCACGCCCCCGUACAGCAACUCGAGCGUAUUCGAGUGCAAGUACGAGCUCGACUCUCUCGCCUCCUUCCUGGAGGUAUCGGCCAACUACUACAACGCCACGGGCGACCUCGACUUCUUCGGCAAGUUUCAGUGGGUCGACGCGGUCAAGGCGGUACUGAACACCGCCACCGAGAUGCUCACCCCAACGUACGGACCCGAGGGCCAGGUCCUGACCAGCCCGUACACCUUCACCCGGCUGACCACGCGCGCCACCGAGACGCUCGCUAACGACGGCAUCGGCUCGCCCGUGGGGAACGGCACGGGCCUGGUCAGGAGCGCCUUCAGGCCGAGCGACGACAGCACCAUCUUCCAACUUUUCAUCCCGGCCAACAUGAUGUUCAGUCGGUACCUUAGCAGCACGGCUGAGAUCAUGGCUGCGCUCGACGGACAGGCCGAGCUGGCGGCCCAGAUGAGCGGCAUGGCUGAUUCCAUCAGGGCCGCCAUCCAGGCCCACGGCAUCAUCACAGACCCCAACACCGGCUCCCAGGUCUACGCGUAUGAGGUCGACGGAUUCGGGUCCGCGGUGGUCAUGGACGAUGCCAACAUCCCCUCGAUCCUAUCCGCGCCCUUCCUCGGCUUCAUCGACGCCAGCGACGAGGUGUACCAGAACACAAGGGCGAUUAUCCUGAAUGAGGAUCCUAAUGCCGGUGUCAACGGGAACCCGUACUUUAUGCGCGGGCCGGUCAUCAAUGCUGUCGGGGGCCCUCACCAGGGGCCGGGCAUGGCAUGGCCUAUGGCGAGCAUCGUCCGGAUCUUGACCACGGACGACGACGCCGAGAUCACCAAGGCUUUGAAAGAGAUCGUCUCGAGCACCGAUGGGCUUGGUCUAAUUCACGAGAGUAUCAACUCGUUCAACCAAAGUGACUGGACGAGGCAGUGGUUUUCGUGGGCAAACGGCCUCUUUGGGCAGAUGAUACUGGAUCUGAAAGACCGGAAACCCAAUAUACUCAAGCAGAGCUUCCAAUGAAGAUCGGAUUAGCUACUUGGGGAGGCAGGCAUAAUCCAGCGCUGAAGCAUGCCAGCCUGAUUUUAUAGCUUCUCCGUCUUUAAUAGGCAUUAAUAAUCCACGUCUAAUGUCCCAGA